AGAUCCCAUGCGUGUGGACAGUUUCAUGGUCUGUUCUCUUGCAGGUACCUGUAGCAUGGCAUUCGGGAACAAAAAAAUUUUUCAAAAUCAAGAGCAAGGAUUUAUUAGGAAAACCGAUCAUCUAUUCUCCAAAUCCUUAAAACAUUAGCAACAUCUAUUGUAUUUUUCGACUAUCAAGAUUCCAAAGCACGCUGAUAGUCCAGAUUAGUUUGGCAGUAUUACCGGUAUUAGUUAAAUUACAAACUCGUUAUUUUGACACCGAGUUGAUCUGGGUUUGAUAGACUAAUCAAACCAUUCACAAAAACCCAAGAUUGUAGUACAGUUUCUCUUUUUUUCGUCUAUUUUUCCUUUCUUUCUUAUCUUACCUUUCCUUAGUUCUUUUUCAAAAAAACGAGACUCCAGGAAUUUUCUUAAUGUAAUGAAAUGUGGUUAAAUGAAUGUUGAAUUCAAGUGCAUCUUUAGUUUUGUUUACAAAACAAUAGUGCUAAAUAUCAUAGUUAACUAUUAACUAUUAACUAAGUAAAUAUACAUGGAUAUAGCACUCACUUCUGGACUCUAAGUUUGCACCUAACGAUUCAACCGGAAUCACAAGGUGCCAUGGAAGUGCCAUGGACCGGGAUAUUUCGGAGAGAGUGCAGUAUUUAUACCGUCUGAUUGGACUGGAGUUUUAUGGGGAAGUCACCACGAGACAAGACAAACCGAAUCCCAUGGGAUAUUACAUGAAAUGUUUGCUCCAGUAUGUCCAGAAAGGAAAGGGGAAAGAGAAACCAGCGUUAGCUUUAGUUUAUAAAAUAAUGCAUCUGAGGAAAGAGGAAAACUCGGACAAAUCAUUCGAAAAAGACUUUAUAGAAGAUUACUUUUGCUUCUUAAAGCUGAGGAAAAAGCGAAAUUUGAUGACUGAAUCAAAAAUGGCGAGUGAAUCAAAACAAGCUCGCCUACUUCCAUGUCUCCGAUGGAUAUCAGGACCAGUGGCUUUGUUGAAGGAUGAAGAUUACUGGGGUACUAGACAGCAGCUGAGAAGUGGUAAAGUUGUUGCAGAUGCUCUAGGAGGACUGGAUCCGGUGUUUGGAGCACUCUUAAACCCUACAGGAGGUCGUGUUGGUAAAGGCAAUGGUGAUAUUCUUCAUACAUUGCUAUACACCCAAGAAGAUGUUAUUGCCUAUCACUCGGCUGUACACGAUGCCAGUGGAUAUCUUUAUCUUUAUCAUGGUAUAGGACCAGGCUAUAACUAUAUUGACAGCAAGUGGACUAUCUUCAAUACGAGUAAUCCCAUGUGCUGUCAAAUUCCUGGCUAUCAUUUUUAUCGUAAGGCACUCAGACGUGCCGAGGAGAAUAAAACUUCUUCUCAUAAUUAGUAAUCUUCCCUCUCCCGCAUUUUAAGAGCAUAGUCUUGUUUACAUCAUGUAUAUCAUUUUUCCUCCAUUUAUUUAUUGUCACCCGCGAAGAUGGCUUACAAGAUAAUAGAUUAUUUAGUCUGGUAUCAGAAGAACAACCUGCUCAUAUGAAUUCAGAUAAUGUYACAAAAAAGGAAUGAUAAGAAAUUUACUAGUAGUCAGUAGUCGCUACACUUUGACACUUUACACAGACGAUAUUAAUUAUCAGUUUAUCUUCUAAGAUAAGUUCCUUCUGCACUCAAACUAAAAGCCACUGAGCAAACAGACAUCCAUCAAAAGCAUCUGGUCCAACAUCGGUACCAUUAGUUUCAUGUAUGGAGAACCGCGCCCUUAAAGUCACACUCUUAGAAAUUAUGCGUGAAGAAAACAUGUUAUCUUAUCAUUUUGAGUUAGUUGUUGUAAGACGUUAUUACUGAAAGUCCCUAAUGGACCAAGUGAACAUAUUUGACUCACAGAGCGGUUUUCGCAUGAAUGAGAAACAAACGCGGUGCUGACUUACAGCACGUAACCAGUGAGGUAUAUGUUAUAACGCUAAAGUGGCUUCCCGUUGUUUUCAUAUAAUUCAUCCAGACCGGCACAUCGCAAGUACGGUAACGGUAACACGGUACAGGUUAUUCCUUGUAUAGAUUAUUUGUAGAAAUUUGGCAUAUUUUGCAUUAAUUGACACUUUCUAAAGUAAACACUAUWAUUUUUGUGGCCUUCAAGAGUAUAAAUUAAAGCAUCUGGAAAAUGAAUUUGUAGAAAUCCAUCAAUUUAAGUAUUAAAAACAGAAGCGAAAAACAA